ACAAAAGAGAUUAAAAGGAAACAGAUUUACAUUUAAUUAAUCUUUCUAAUUAUAGUUUUAAUAAUUUCCUUGUCGAAUCCUUUUUCGUAAUUUAAUUACUAUCCUUGUCUUUUCUUUUCUAUCAAUUGGUCGUCUCUCACAUUUGUAGAGUUUCCUUUUUGUUCUUGUGUUUAAAGAGACCUUUUUUUAACCACCAGCGUCUUUUUCAUUAACACGUCGUGAGAGUUGAAGAUAAUCACAAUUCCAUAUGUUGAUUAUUUUGUCCUUUAAUUGAUUAAACGUUACCUUUGGAUGGUUUAAGUGUCACAAUUAAACUCCUCCAGUUUUGAUCUACUGUUUAAAGACAUUUUCUAAUUUAUUCUCUUCUAAAAACCAACCAUCUUUUUUUAACCUUCUCUUUUUACUGCGUGUGUGUUGGCAACGUCUAAUUAACGAUCAACAAUGUCGGAUCUUAGUAAACUAUCGGACAUUUUUAGGGGAACCAUCGAUCCCAAUGAAAGAGAAAGUGCGGAAAAGCAAUUGGAAAUGAUUCACAAGAUAAUCGGCUUUACACCCUCCAUUUUGAGACUUGUUAUGAGUGAAGGUGUUGACAUGCCCAUUCGUCAGGCUGGUGUUAUAUAUUUAAAAAAUAAUAUAAUUGGUUACUGGACUGACAAAUCAAACGGCCCACUACCUGACAAUGAGUAUAGUAUUCAUGAAACCGAUCGACAAAUCAUUCGUGACUCGAUAAUCGAUGCUAUUGUUAUGGCUCCUGAGCUUAUCAGUGUUCAUCUUGCUGUUUGUAUUAGUCACAUAAUUAAAACUGACUUUCCAGGGAGAUGGUUUGGACUUGUUGAUAAGAUUUGUAUGUAUCUUCGUCAUCCGGACACUAAAUGUUGGAUGGGAGCAUUAGUAUCCUUAUACCAAUUGGUGAAAAUUUAUGAAUACAAAACAGGCGAUGAUCGAGCUCCUUUGGAUGAAGCAAUGACCCUCCUUCUACCUUUAAUUUAUCAACGCGGUGUACAACUUGUACAAACAGAUCAUUCAGAUUUAUCAAUUUGCCUUCAAAAACAGGUUCUGAAAAUUUUUCACGCUUUCACUCAAUAUUCAUUCCCUUUAAAAUUGAUCACUAAUGAAAUUUUCGCCCAAUGGAUGGAAUUAUUUCGUGUUAUCCUUGAAAGGCCAAAGUACCGUAACUUUGAACAAGAAAGAGAAGAACAAAACUGGUGGAAAUGUAAAAAAUGGGUUCUUCAUAUUCUAUCUCGAGUUUUUGAAAGAUACGGUUCACCUGGAACUGUGGCAAAAGAAUAUAAUGGAUUUGCCAAUUUCUACAUUAAAACCUUUUCCGGGUGUGUCAUCGGUUUACUAUUGAAAAUAUUGGAACAACAAGGUAACAAACACUACGUUGACUCUAGAGUUCUUCAAUUGACCUUGGUAUACCUGAGUACAGCUGUUAACCACGCUGUCACAUGGAAGCUGAUUAAACCUCAUACUAUGCUGAUAGUUCAGAAUAUAUUGUUCCCAUUGAUGUGUUACACUGAUGAAGAUGAUGAAUUAUGGACAACCGAUCCUCAUGAGUAUAUCCGAUUGAAAUUUGAUGUUUUCGAAGAUUAUGUUUCACCAGUUACCGCUGCACAAAAUUUGUUGCACAUUUUCUCUCUUAAAAGAAAAGAAAUGCUCCAGAAAAUAUUGGCCUUUGUUUUCCAAAUUUUAAAUGACUCAAACUCUGAUGCUCGAAUGAUUGAUGGAGCUCUUCAUAUAGUCGGAUCGGUAGCAGAUAUUUUAUUAAAGAAAGAUAUGUACAAAGAUCAAAUUGAAGAGCUUUUGGUCACCUACGUAUUCCCCUAUUUUCAAAAUCAACAUGGUUAUCUACGAGCUCGAGCUUGUUGGGUGUUAAACUAUUUCUCUGGUACUCGAUUCCAAAGAGAUUCCAAUUUAGCUUCUGUGGUUCGAAGUAUUGAAAUGUGCUUGAUGCAUGACAAAGAAUUGCCUGUUAAAGUUCAAGCCGCAAUAUGUAUCCAAGGAAUCCUAUCAUCUCAAGACAAAGCUCAAAAGCUAAUGGAACCCAAUGCAACAUCAGUUACCUUUGAAAUUUUGAACCUACUUCGGGAAACUGGUAAUGAAGAUUUAACCUCAGCUAUGCAGAAAUUGGUUUGCUUGUACCCCGAACAAUUAAUGCCCAUGAUCGUUGAGAUGACCCAACAUUUAGAACAAACUUUCUAUCAAAUUUUGGACUCAAGUGCUGAUGAAGAUAAUGAAGACAAAGCAAUGACCGCAAUGGGAGUGCUCACCACAAUCGACACAAUUUGUACCGUUAUGGAAGAUCAAAAAGAGGUUAUGGCUCAAUUACAGCCGAUCGUUGUUCGUCUGGUAGUGAAAAUUUACCAAGAAGAGUUGAUGGAAUUGUAUGAGGAAGCAUUAACCCUUGUGUGUACCUCAACAACAAACAGUAUAUCACCUGAUUUGUGGAAAAUUUAUGAACUUAUGUACCAAGUGUUCAAAAAAGAUGCCUUUGAAUAUUUCGGUGACAUGAUGCCCGCCUUGCACAAUUUCAUUACCGUUGAUCCUCAAACUUUUGUUAACAAUCGUAAUCACGUUCUGGCGAUGUACGAUAUGUGCAAAACUGUUCUAAACAGUGACGCCGAAGAAGAGGCUGAAAGUUACGCGGCUAAACUUUUGGAAUGUAUGAUUCUUCAAUUUAAAGGUCAAAUAGACGAUUGUAUCAGACCAUUUGUGGAACUUGUUCUUACUCGAUUAACUCGAGAAGUUAAGAAUACAAGUUUACAAACAAUUUGUCUCCAAGUUAUCAUUGCAGCCUUCUAUUAUAAUCCUUAUCUUCUUUUGAAUAUUUUGAACGAUAUGCAGCCAGUUGAUUCAAAUCAAUCGCUUUUCACCCAUUUCAUCAAGCGUUGGUUAAGUGAUAUCGAAUGUUUCAAAGGGCUUCAUGAUAGAAAAAUCUGUGUCUUAGGUUUGAUAACUUUAAUCAGUUUGGCACCAGAGAAACGAGUUGCCAUCGUCAACGAAGCAUCUCCACAAUUUAUGCCAUCGAUUCUUAAACUGUUUGAUGGAUUAAAAUUGGCCUAUCAAUCAAAAGCUAAUGCUGAAAAUGCUGAUGAUGAUGAUUCUGAGGAGGAACUGGAUGAAGAAAGUGACGUGGAAGCUUUGGAUGAUGAAGAAGACCAUGUUGCUAACUCUGAUUAUCACAAUAGACUAUUAGGAAAAAUAAACACCGGUUGUCCUUUUCCGGUUUCAUCGGUAUAUUUACGAGAUGACGAAGAUAUUAGUGAAGAUGAUGAGGACGAGUAUAGUGAUGAUGAGGAAGCAGAUUUUGUCCAAACUGCCCUGGAAAGUUACACCACACCAUUGGAUUCAGAUGACACUGACACAGAUGAAUAUGUUAUUUUUAAAGAAGUUCUUGAAAUGUUACAAAAGAAAGAUCCAAAUUGGUACAACCAUUUGAUGUCACCACUAAAACAAGAUCAACAAGAGGCUUUACAAUCCGUCUUCAUCUUGGCCAAUCAACGAAAAGCCGCAGCAGAAUCACGUAAGAUCGAAAAACUCGGAGGUUAUAUGUUCCAGAAUCAAACCGUGCCGAGCUCUUUCAAUUUCGGAGGAACACCUAUUGUAUAGCUUUAAUUGUAUUCAUUGACAAUUUCUUUGAAAAAACUUCCUCGCCUCAAUAAUCAGCCUCUUUGGCCUUUUUCUGAAAAUAAUCUUUCAACCUUUUUCUUUUUGCUUGUUUGCUUUCGAAAUGUUUCUUUCGUCAUUUACCACGCUCACCCCUCUUACUUAUUCUUUGCCGUGUUCCCCUCAACACCACAACCACCACCACCUUCUCCCUCCCUCACUUCCUCUUUUCUCUCUUACUCUUGAUAUAAAAUCUUUGAAACAAAAUAACGAGUAUGUGUUAGUAAUACUUUCUAUUUUUGGUCAUAUCACAUUCGUUUUAUCAACAAGUUACAAUGAUCAUCGAUCAAUCCAAUUGAUUGUGACUUGAGAUCGGUAAUUAAAUGACUUUCAAUCAAAAUCAAAGAAACUUUUCUUGUUAAAUCAAUUAAGAAGAAAAUGAGUUAACAGUGAAAAUACAAAACUGGAAUUAAAUUUGGAAUCAUAAAGAAUUUA